UGUUGCAAAAGACUAAACACAUAAGUUCCUGACAACACAGAGAAAACACAGCAUGUGGGUCGUCACAGUCAUUGCGGUGUCCAUUCUCCUGGUCGCUCCCUCUCUGGCCGGGGUCAAGGACCUGGGCUCUCACUUCAGCUUUCAUGACCAGAGUCCAACUCCAAAGACAGACCCACGAAGCCUGGGCCAGAGUGGGGCUCUAGACAUGGAGAAAAUUCCUCUGGAGUUCCACAAAGAAAACACUGUGACCAACGAUCUGACCCUAGAAGGUUUUGAGGAUGAAGACUACAUUGACUUUGACAAAAUCCUGGCCGAAGGAGGUGACGACUACAGUGAGGGGGAUGAAAUUGAUGAGAUCGCAACAGCCGCUCCGGAUAUAGACAUAUUUGCCGAAUCCUCAGACCCAAAAACACGCCGUGCACGAAUCCUGCGCCUGUUUCAUGGCCGCUCGCGCCUCCAAAGAAUCAACUUGAUGAAUGCCCACUUUGGAUUCAACCUCUACCGCAGCCUACGGAAUGACGUCAACCAAACCGAUAACAUUCUACUGGCCCCCGUCGGAAUCUCCAUUGCCAUGGGAAUGAUGUCACUGGGAGCAGGGCCUAGAACACACGAUCAGCUAUACCGCGUGCUGAGAUUUGCAGAUUUUGUCAAUGCCAGCCAUCACUACGACAAUGCCACUGUGCACAAGCUCUUCCGGAAGCUAACACACAGACUUUUCCGAAGGAACUUUGGGUACACGCUGCGGUCUGUAAAUGACCUGUAUGUGAAAAAGGAGGUGAUGGUGAAACCAGGUUUCCGGGCAGACACCAAGGCCUACUACUUUGCAGAGCCACAGUCAGUGGACUUCAAGGAUAAGACGUUUCUGGACAAGGCCAACCAGCGCAUCUCAAAGUUGACAAAAGGACUGAUUAGAGAACCACUGAAGAGUGUGGAUCCCAAUAUGGUGCUGAUGCUCCUCAACUACCUCUACUUUAAAGGUACAUGGGAGCAGAAAUUUCCCAAGGAAAUGACUCAUUACCGGAACUUCCGUGUGAAUGACAAGACAAAUGUUCGAGUGCCAAUGAUGCAGAACAAAGGUAACUACAUGGCGGCUGCGGACCACGAACUGCAGUGUGACAUCCUACAGCUGCCCUAUGCGGGGAACAUCAGCAUGCUCAUCACCCUUCCCAGGAAGAUAUCUGGCAUGAGGAACUUGGAGCAAGAGAUCUCCCCCACUGUGGUCAACAAGUGGCUUAGCAACAUGAACAACAGGACACGUGAGGUGGUGUUCCCAAGGUUUCAGUUGGAGCAGAGUUAUGAUCUCAUAGACAACCUUAAGAAAAUGGGCCUCACAGACUUGUUUGAGAAGACGGGUGACUUUACUGAUAUGACUUCAGAGAAGAUCAGCAUUAACUGGCUGAAGCACCAGGGGACAAUCACCGUUAAUGAAGAGGGGACGGAGGCUGCAGCUCUGACCCAAGUGGGCUUCAUGCCCCUAUCAUCUCAGAUCCGCUUCGUCAUUGACCGGCCCUUCCUCUUCCUUAUCUAUGAACACCGCACAGACUGCCUAAUCUUCAUAGGACGUGUUGUCAAUCCCUCAAAGAGCUAAACUGCCACUUCAAUCCAAAGUUCACCAACAUUUACAUAAUGAUUUACUCUGCCAGAAUUUCACAUCUACAUAAUGGUUUCUUAGAACUAUAAGCAGUUUACGGACAUGG